UUCUCCUGAAGUCCACGAUGAUCUCUUUGGUUUUUAUAGUGUUAAGGAGCAGGUUAUUGUCAGUACACCACUCCACCAGGUGUUGUACCUCCUCUCUGUAGAGCGCCUCCUCGUUGAUCAGUCCUACUACAGUGAUGUCAUCAGUGAACCUCACUAUAGUGUCAGAGGAGUGGAUGGGUGUGAAGGGUGAAGAGGCCUGAGCACAGAGCUGCUCCUGUGUUCAGGAUGAGGAUGGAGGAGGUGCAGAAGAAGAAGAAGAAGAAGAAGGAGAAGAAGAAGGAGGAGGAGGAGAAGAAGAGGGAGAAGAAGGAGAAGUUGAACGCUGGACUUCUUCAGAGAAGCUGGUUGUGAUGGCAGAACCAGAGAGCACCGAACACCGGACUGAGACGGACCGGAUCCCUGCAGAUGAACCUCCCAGUUGUUCCAGUUUGACCACUAAGGAGUUGCAGCAGAACUGGAGGGAGGUGAAGAAGAGAGAGCGACCCGUCCGGCUGCUGUUUGAAAUCCCGUCGACUCGGAUCAUCGAACACGUUCUGUCCAAACACGUGGUGUACGAGGUCGUGGUGAUGCGCUCCGGCAGCUUCGAUUCCCGCCGUGUGUCUGUCGAGCGCCGUUACAGCGACUUCCUCCGCUUCCACCACAAACUGCUGGAGGAGUUCAACGAGGAGCUGGAGGAGGUGGUUUUCCCCCGGAAACUCUUGAGCAGGAACUUCUGCCCCGAGUUGAUCUCAGAGCGCCGCCUCGCCCUCCAGGACUACCUGGCUAAACUUUUCGCCACGCGCUGCGUUCGAUACUCGCCUCAUUUCCCAAAGUUCUUCACAGAGUCGGAGCAGAAACGAGCCCACAGUCUGCUGCGAGCCGGACAGUUCCAGCUCGCCGUGAAGGAUCUGCAGACGGUUCUGGAGGUGGAGGAGAAGCUGUUACCGUGGCAGAACCCCACCCUGAUCGUACCCACCCUCUCCGCCCUCGCCGUCUGCUACCGGGACCUGGAGCAACCAGAACAGGCGUUCGCUGCAGCUCAGAGAGCUCUGCCGCCGACGAGACGCUACGGACUGAAACGCUACCGAGCCUCGCUGCUGGACCUGCUGGUGGACUUAGGUUAUCAGCUGGGACGUCCGGUGGCCCAGUUACAGGAGGAGCUGACGGUCCUGAGGGACGCCGAGAGGGGGGAGGUGUCCUCCCGCUCUCUGAAGGAGUUAGUGGUCCACGAGUUCACCUGAGUCUCUGGAGGAGUUAGUGGUCCACGAGUUCACCUGAGUCUGUUAGGACUUAGUGGUCCACAGGUCCUUCAUUUUAUAACUAAUGUAUUUAUUAAUGUGUGCUCUGUUUACUUGGACCACUUGGCCUCAGAGGACUUUAUUCCAGAGACCACUUCCUCUUUGGACUCUGGUCCAGAAACAGAACUCUCCCUGUGAAGUGAAUCUGCUCCGUCAUCUCUUUAGAGGAACUCGUCUUCCUGCCGUGCACCGUCGGCUCUGAUUGACCAACAGACAAACUGUGUUUCAACACAAAGACUGGAGGUGCCCCAACGGUUACCCAGCAUGCAUCACUGUGUGUGUUGACUCUUCAUCACAGAGAACACUGAACAACGGACUGAUUUAUUAUUUGUCUUU